AUGCUAAUUGGUAUCCUAGUGAUGAUAUCCUUUCGUGCCGUGACUACCCCUAAAACCCCUGGGUUCUUCCUAUUCCACUAUAACCAACUCAACACAGAUCAGAGUGCAGUUCUGGAAGCUGCGCAGCUACUUGGAUAUGUUAGCGUCGGAAUGCUCAUGUUAAAUCUUCGAUGGCCAAGAGCAAGAGCCAAGACAGCAAUUGAAGAUCUAGUCUCAGAGAGUAUGUUAUGGGUCGACAAACAAAGCGAAGAGUGGGAGUAUUGGAAGCCCUGGAUUUAA